CGUCGAAUAUAAAGUUAGCUCGCGUCAUUCGGCUUGAUCUAAGCCCAACUUCCACCAAUCAAUCAGUCGAGACUACUAGGACUGUAUUCUAUAAAGUGAGAGGAUGUCAAACCAAAUUUGAGAAAGUGGGUUGUCUUCAUUGAGAGAUAUCGCUUGGGCGUGCCGACUUCGGAAAAUACUCUUUGUAUAUUUUAGCACAAUGAGGGGUUUACUACUUGGAGGCUGGGCAUUCGCGGCAUCACUUGCCACCGCCCAGAGAGGCCCUUUUCUGGAGCAAAUCGACGACACAACCUGGGUCGUCGGCAACGACUUAUGGAAUCUUACCCAAGGCGCCUUUUACGCCACCAAGCUUUUUCAUAGGGGACAGGAUCUUGUUGGAUCGGCAGUGGGACACUACGUUGGCUAUGAUGGCGAGGAUAACCUCCAAUGGCUAUCCGCCUCAAUAGCUGCCGAAGGCGACAACUUCAUUGACGUCAGCUUCUUCGCUGAGCUUGGAGAUUUCCAUUGGGUCAUCUUCGACGACCUUCCCGGCGCGUACCAGUACUUCGUCAACCGUGCGCUUCCCGAUAUCAGCAUUCUGAGAAGUCUGUGGAGACUGGCACCCGAGAUCUUUCUGAAUGGCCGCACUCAUCUAAAAAAUGAGGCCCUGCCGGACUUCGCGCUGUAUGCCAAUGCAACCAAUGUCCAGGAUGAGACGUGGCAGCUGGAGGACGGGACAUUCAUCACGAAGUACGACUGGUCCAACGCCGUCCGUGAUCGGGACUUUUACGGCGUUUAUGGACCGGAGUUCGGCUCUUGGUAUAUACAUCCGACGUUUGAGUACUAUAACAGCGACCAGCUGAGUCAAACUCUGACGGUUCAUCGGGAGUCAAGCACUGGUGACUCGGUGCAGCUGAAUGUCGUGCAAGACACAUCCCAUUUCCGAGUGGGUCAGACCACAGCUCAGCCGGAGGGAAAAACUUGGGGUCCCUGGCUUUGGUACCUGAACAGCGGAAGCAUCGCAGAUGCAGCAGAAAGACGAGUAGAGGAACUAGCUGGAUGGCCAUAUGAAUGGUUUAACAACACGUCAUACCACUCCCGUGGCGGAGUCUCUGGGUAUCUCCAGCUCUCAGACGGCCGACCAGCUGCUGGUGCCGCGGUUUACCUUGGUGACACCGACACUACGAUCCGCCCAUCGAUCCAAGGGAGCAACUACUAUUACACUACCUACGCGGACGACACUGGUGCAUUUUCCUUCGACGACGUCCGCACGGGCUCGUACGGUUUGUAUGCCUGGUCAAAUGGUGGUGAGAUCGGUGACGUCUACACGAACGUGACCACGUCCCCCGUUACGAUUACUCGAGCCGCAACCACACAGUUGGGCGAGUUAAAAUGGGAUGUGCCGAGCGGAGCACAGCGCAUCUUCCAGGUCGGAGAGUUCGACAAGAAAGCGCUGGGUUUCACCCACGGAGGACCGCCUUACCAACACGGUGUCGCGGAUCUGAGUCCUGCCAACUUGACUUUCGUCGAUGGAGAAUCCGAGAAUUCAGACUGGUACUAUGCUCAGUCUGCCAUUGGGAAAUGGACCAUUGAGUUUGAUCUCGCCGCCGAAGAAGUGACUGGCUACAAAACUGCUCUUUUGAGUGUUUCUCUUGCCGGAUACUCGCAGAGCGCUGCGUUGGAUAUUGAUGUGAAUGGCCAGGUGCUUGCCACUUUAAGCAAGGACACUCUGGUCAGUGAUCCAGCUUUGUAUCGUUCGGGGAAGACAAACGGCGAGUGGAGGUUCUUUCAGUACCCCAUCUCAAGUAGUAUGCUCAGUGCCGGUGUGAACACAGUAGGAUUUACGGUGACAAGGUAUACGCAGUGGAGGGGUUUCAUGUGGGACAGUAUCAUUCUUGACUGGGAGUAGCCGGGGAUUGGUGUUUGAAUUAAUGAAAUGAAUGAACUCUUGCUUAAUUGAUUCUAAGAAGGGG